GAACCAUCAAGACCACCAGACACAGAGUCAGCUUCAUCUCUGAGGCGCAUGCGUGCAGGGGCUUCCCAGCGGAGGCUGACGUGUCAUUCUUAUUUUGGCGGUCGACGGGCAUGUGAUCUGGAGUCGUCAUCAGCGGAGAGAAACAAACAUGGCGGCAGAUUCUGUUUACAAGGUCAUAUUUGAACAUGAAGGAGUCUUCAUACAUCCGAGCAGUGAUGAAGACGGCAUCGAGCAGGAUUUACUGGUCUCAGGGUCACUUCGGAUCAUUGAUAAGGAUGGUGAGAUCUUUGUGGAGUACAAACCUCUGGAAGACGCUGUUGACCCAUCCAACAUGCUAUGUGCUGGAAAGGAUUCCAGUUCAGUAGUGGAGUGGACUCAGUGCCCUGGGGACAAGUCUCAUCAGAUGAUAGAGACUCAGCAGAGCUAUGAAACAGAGUGGGACAUGAUCAACACUGUAUCAUUCAGGAAGAGACCCUGCCCAAAUGGAGAGGGCUUCCUGAACCACAGUCACGAGAGGAGCAGGUGGACACUGACCUUCAGUGUCUGUGAGCUCAAGUCCAUCACAGUGAAGGAAGAAGGCUGGACCUUCCUGCUCUGUAAGCUGAAGGAGGCUACCACCACUAUCCCGGCACUGCACUUUCACCAUGGGGGCAGCAACGAGUUCCUGGAUAGCCUGAGGCAUUUUGUGCUGCUCACAGAGUCUCCAGAUGACACAACCUGUCUCUUGGUUACCUCCCCCAACAAAGCUCUGUCCCAGUCCUUCGAGAAUCUCCUGGACGACAACAGCUUUGGCCUCGUUCAUAAAUUCAAGAAGGACCCGUACGUGACCACUCUGGGUGGCUUCUCCAAAGUCACCAACUACAUAUAUGAUGCUUUGCGGGGGACAGAGGAGCAGCACCAGCGUCCCCCACAGGAGGUGGCCGACCUACUGGGGGAAAUUAUCCCGGGCCUGGAGAUCAACCAGCAAGAAGAGCCGGGCUUCGAAGUCAUCACCAGGAUCGACCUAGGGAUGAGGCCUCAGGUUACGAGGAGGCAUCCUCUGUCUGCAGAGGACUGGACCAAACACCAGCAUCCAGAGGGGAGGAUGGUCAACGUCCCACACCUGAAACACAGCAUCUUUAAAGGGGGACUGUGUCAUGCUGUGAGAAAGGAGGCCUGGAAGUUUUUGCUGGGCUAUUUCCCUUGGGAGAGCACAUUGGAGGAGAGGAAAGCUCUGCAGAGGAAUAAAACUGAUGAGUACUUCAGGAUGAAGCUGCAGUGGAAAUCAGUGAGUGAGGAGCAGGAGAGAAGAAACUCCCGCCUCAGAGACUACAGGAGUCUGAUCGAGAAAGACGUAAACCGAACGGACAGGACAAACAGGUUCUACGAAGGCAUUGACAACCCCGGCCUGGCUCUGUUGCAUGACAUCCUGAUGACCUACUGCAUGUACGACUUCGACCUGGGUUAUGUCCAGGGGAUGAGUGACCUGCUGUCGCCAAUCCUCUACGUGAUGGAGAACGAGGUGGACGCUUUUUGGUGUUUCGUCUCCUUCAUGGACCAAAUGCACCAGAACUUUGAGGAGCAAAUGCAGGGCAUGAAGACUCAGCUGAUCCAGCUCAGUACUCUGUUGCGACUGCUGGACCUGGCCUUCUGGAACUACCUUGAGUCUCAGGAUUCGGGUUAUCUGUAUUUCUGCUUCCGCUGGCUGUUGAUCAGAUUUAAGAGAGAACUGAGUUUCCAGGACGUUCUGCGACUGUGGGAGGUCAUGUGGACCGGUCUGCCCUGUCAGAACUUCCACCUGCUGGUCUGCUGCGCCAUCCUGGACUCAGAAAAACAGAAAAUCGUGGAGGAAAAUUACGGCUUCAAUGAAAUCCUAAAGCACAUUAAUGAGCUUUCCAUGAAACUGGACAUUGAAGAGAUCCUUCAGAAAGCAGAGAGCCUUUGUCUGCAGAUAAAGACCUGUAAGGACCUGCCUCAUUCUGUCAGUGUCAUUCUGGGCUUAGACACCCUUGAUCCCUGUGGCUCCCCUGCUCCUAGACCCACUCAGUGCUUGGACACCUGCUGCAAAGGACACCUCAGAGAAACCAGCCACAACUCCUGCAAAGUUGCCUUCAUGUCCUAGGGAACAGCAGAAAAAGACUGGGCCUCUCCUCACAAAGAGAAGAAUGUAAAAAGGAUUUCACAUGAUUCAGAAUCUUAUUUUUGUAAUUUUUUUGCUGCAUAUAGUCUCUGAUUUCUGAUCUCUCGCUAAUAUGAACUGUGUGGAUGGGAUGGAACUAAGGACAGCUCAUGGUUGUUUGUACAUGUGUCCACAACGUUGUGGUUCAACUGCACAUAUGAGAAUUUGACCUGGAGUACGUUCCUUCAGUGAUGGUCUAAACCUCUGUGACUUGCUGCUGUAAUGGGACACUUAGACUGAGCAGAAGAAUGAAGCAUGAUCAGUCGUCUACAGACAGAAUCCAGUGUGAAAAGACUGCAGGCUCCGACCUCUGACUUGUUACCUCAGGUUCCUGUAAUGAAGCUGCCCGAACCAAAGCUUCUACUCUGGCUCUUCUCAGUAUUUAUAGUCUAAUAUGAAACGGCUGCUAAAGGAACUGGUUUCCACUGGUGUUGAUCGGUGCUUUUCUAUUGCUAGUUUGGUAGGUGAAGGCUUUCAUGUACAAUGUAUGAAAUGUACAGACCACUGAAAUUAAAGGAUGCUUUUGGUUUCCUGCUU